AUGUUCACGUCGUCAACUGAAGUUCAAAAAAUUCCUCCUGGCACGUUUUGCGCUGAUAUUACACCAGCAGCCAAAGAAGUUUUUACAGAGGAUAACUUUUUGGGACCUUAUAGUAUUAUUUUAAAAUUCAGCGGGUUAGAUUGCUCACGAGUUUCCCAAUCUAAAACUGACAAUGUGUCACGCCUCAAAUCAUGGAUCACACAACUUGUGCCAUUACUCAUCAUUGCUCUAACCGUUCUGCGAUGCUAUACACUAUUCCAGUUAGAAGCUCGCUCAAUGUCUUUUCAAUGGGCAGAAUGUAGUAUGUUCGCGUAUAUGGGAGUUCAGUCUGUCGAAUAUGCAUAUAGUUUGUAUAGUUGGAGCAAAAAACAUUUUAUAUCAAGCCAUCUUGAGAGUCUGGAGAAUAUUCGGUUACUUCGGCUGAAAGAUAACAAAAAUAUCGACAAUUGUUUAAAGUCUCAUAUCAAAAUUUUUAUUUGGUCGUGCUUAUGGAUAGUCGGUGUAAUGGCUCACGCAAUAUGUAGUUCGAUUAAUGAAAAAAUAUUUUUAAGCUUCCCUUCAAUAAUUCCAGUCCUGUAUUAUACAAUGCCAUUUGUAACUAUGUGGGUUUCUGUAAUUGUCAUCAAUUGCCUGGCUUAUUAUCAUAUUGUAAUCACUAAAACGAGAAAUUGAAUAUUUCAACGUUGAACUAGAAGAAGCCCAGACAACAAAAACUCUUCAUAAGUCUGAUGCUCUACAAAGGUUUUGUCACAGACAGAAGGAAUUGAUUGGUCUAGUCAGAAAAGCGAACAAACAUCUGGGAGAUUAUACUGGGACAACUCCAAUUGCAUGUUUCAAUGCUUGUGUCAAUGGUACUUACAUGUGGUUUGGGUUUCAUGAUUUUCCUAUGGACUCUUCGAUUUCAUCAAUAAUUCUUAAAUAUAACAUAUUUGCUGUUUUGUUUAUCACAUUCUUCUCUCUUCGACCAGCGAGCAAUGUGCAAUUUCAACUGGCAGACACUGCUCGUAUACUAAUGGAAAAUGAGGAAUUCGGAAAAACAAAAGAUUCGGAAGUAGUCAAUACUUAUCACACGAUGAUUGAUAGAUCACUCAGGCAUACAGCACGGCUCCGAGUUCAUGGUGGAAUACCUAUUUAUCCAAAAACUGUCAAUAUUGCUAUGUUUUUUAUUCCAAUGAUUGUUUGA